UGUGUGUGUGUGUGUGUGUGUGUGUGUGUGUGUGUGUGUGUGUGUGUUUAUUGGUGUUCUGAGCACUUCAGGAGAAGGGGGAAAGGGGGUAAAAGAGGGGAUCACAUUUCCUGCGUCACGUUCUGUCAGCCAGUCAGGUUCUGGUCCCUCGGGUCCAGUCCCUCCCACCCCCGGCUUUUUUAUAAAGUCUUCCUUCAAAACCAUUUUUAGUUCAAAACACAGGAGCUUUCUGAGGAUUUUACUGGAGGACCAGAGAGGAGUCCUGAUGGUUUUUCUCCCACAGAACUGAAGACGUUUCGCUCUCUGACUGCACAAAACACACGUGCUUCUUGGGAACCUGUCAGAAAGUGAGUAAAGUCCGUUCUGAGGGUCUGUUCUCUUCUGCGUCUCCAACUCUUCACGCGUAAUUUGGCUCCAAUCAGAUUCUCGCAUGAAUCUCCUUGACCCCUACCUGAAGAUGACAGAGGAACAAGACAAGUGUCUCUCCGACGCACCGAGCCCGAGCAUGUCCGAGGAGUCCGCGGGCUCUCCGUGCCCGUCCGUGUCGGGCUCGGACACGGAAAACACCAGGCCAUCGGAGAACGCUCUGCGCAGGACAGGCGGCACUCUGAGCGACUUCAGGAGGGAACGAAGGGGAGAAGCGACCGUUUGUGGAGGAGGCUGAGAGGCUCCGCGUGCAGCACAAGAAAGAUCACCCUGACUACAAGUACCAGCCGAGGCGCAGGAAGUCUGUGAAGAACGGCCAGAGUGAGUCUGAGGACAGCAGCGAGCAGAGCCACAUCUCCACCAACGCCAUCUUCAAAGCUCUGCAGGCCGACUCCCCGGCCUCCAGCACGGGAGAGCUGCCCUCCCCAGGGGAGCACUCAGGCUCACAGGGUCCCCCUACCCCUCCCACCACCCCAAAGAACGAUGCCAGCUCAGGUAAAGUGGACCUGAAGCGAGAGGCGGGGCUCCAUCCCCCUCUUGAGGGUCCCACUGGGCGUCAGCUCAACAUAGACUUUCGGGACGUGGACAUCAGCGACCUGAGUAGUGAGGUCAUCAGUCACAUCGAAACGUUUGACGUCAACGAGUUCGACCAGUACUUGCCCCCCAACGGCCACCCUGCCCUCCCCAGUGGCCCGGGCAGUGCCACCCCAAUCAGCUACACAGGCAGCUAUAGCAUCAGCUGUGGGGCUCCGCUCAGCCCGCAGGAGGGAGGGGGGUCAGCCUGGGGGGCUAAGAGCCAGAC